UUCCAAAAUUCCACAACCUUGUAAGGAAUUACAUAUUUUGUUUGUUACUUUAAUCAUCCAUUGGUUUAUCAGUAAUUCCAAAAUCCCCUUGCAUCUAGUGUUCCUAAAUCGCAGAACCCAUCAAUGCGAAACAGUUUUUGGAAAUUGAAGGUUAAAAGGGAAUAUGGGAUCUAGUGGAGGCAAACUUCUUGGAGAGGUGGGUUAUGAUUGCCAUCGUUGUCAGAGACAAAGUAGUGGGUGGAGGAGGAAGGGGAAGAUCUGGGGAGGAUUAGAGAAGAGAAUACAUCAUGGGGAGGUGAACUAACUGGAAACAUUGUUGGGAGAUAAUCAUUGGGAAAUUAUAUUGUGUAAUUAUUCACUUGAUUGAGUGAGAUUUGGGUGAUCUUUUUUCAUUCCAACAACCAUGGCAAAUGAAAAAGAUGGUUCAACCAUGAUUAAGUUGAACACCUCUAAUUACUCUUUGUGGAAGACUUUGAUGGAGGACAAGUUGUUUUGUAAAGACCUCUAUGACCCAAUUGAGCACAAAGGCAUCAAACUUGCAGAAAUUAAUGAUGCUGAUUGGAAAAAGAUUGAUCGCAAAGCUUGUGGCGUAAUCCGUAAAUGGGUUGACAUGAGUGUAAUUCAUAAUGUGGCUCAAGAGAAGGAGUCCUAUAAGUUGUGGACUAAGCUUGAAGAGCUGUUUGAAAGAAAGAAUGCCUUGAAGAAAGCUUCCCUCAUUAGAAAACUAGUCAAUCUCAAGUACAAGGAAGGCAAGAAUGUGUCUGAGCACUUGAAUAAGUUUCAAGAGAUUUUGAAUGAACUAGUUACAGGGAAGUUGGCCAUUGAUGAUGAGGUACAAGCAUUGAUUUUAUUAAGCUCUCUUCCGGAUAGUUGGGAGACUUUGGUGGUAACUUUAAGCAACUCAACAAGAGAUGGGGAGAUGACUCUGCAACUGGUUAAGGACAGCAUAUUGAGUGAGGAAUCCAAAAGAAAAGAGAAAGGAAUUAUGAGUUCUGAGUCUGAAGCACUGGUUACUGAGUAUCGAGGGAGGAGUAAGCAAAGGUAUAUUCGAAGAGACAAUGACAGACAGUCUCAAGAGAGGUACAGCAAGGGGAAGUCCAGAGGUAGAUCAAAAUCAAAGAGCAAAGUGACUUGUUACACUUGUGGAAAGCAAGGUCAUUAUCAAAAGGAUUGUUGGCACAACAGAGAUAAAAAUGUUAGGAAGAGGGCUGAUACUCAUGAAGAGAAGGAGGCCAAGGAGAACACUACUGCAAUUACUUCUAAUGGUGAGAUGGGAAACAAAUUCGAAGCCAAGAUUGUGGGUGUUGGUGAUGUUUGGCUUGAAACAAACAUCGAGUCCAAGCUGCACUUGAAAAAUGUGAGAUAUGUUCCUGAAAUACGUCUCAAUUUGAUGUCUAUGGGUAUGCUAGAUGAUGAUGGCUAUCUUAAUUAUUUCGGUAAUGGGAGUUGGAAACUCACAAAGGGCACUAUGGUUGUGGCAAGAGGCAAGAAGAGAUUUUCACUCUAUGAAACUCAAGCAAAACAGUGUCAGGGACAGAUCAAUGUUACAGAAGCUGAUGCUACUAAGUUAUGGCACAAGAGACUUGGGCACUUGAGUGAGAAGGGACUUCAAAUCGUUAGCAAAAAGGAACUCCUACCCGGCUUUACAAGUAAUCUUUCUAAAACAUGUGCUGAUUGUUUAGCUGGCAAGCAUCAUAAAGUUUCUUUUCACACUUUACCCCUAUCUAGAAGAAAAUAUGCACUUGAUUUAGUUCAUACUGAUGUUUGCUUCAUGAAAGAUAAAAGUCUAGGUGGUGCUACAUAUUUUGUGACUGUUGUGGAUGAUUUUUCUAGAAAAUUGUGGGCUUAUCCCUUGUCUAGUAAAGAUCAGUUUGAGCGCUAUUGUAGAGAAAAAGGAAUUAAGCUCGAGAAGACCACUCCUAGAACUCCACAACAUAAUGGAGUUGCUGAAAGGAUGAACAGAACAAUAUGUGACAGAAUUGUCUGUAUGCUCUCUCAUGCUAAGUUGCCAAAGUUUUUUUGGGGUGAGGCUUUGAAGACUGCAAUAUACUUGAUCAAUAGAUCCCCUUCUGUUGUUCUAAAUGGUGAUGUUCCAGAGAAGGUUUGGUCAGGCAAAGAAGUGUCCUACAAGAACUUGAGGGUAUUUGGCUGCAGGGCUUAUGUGCAUGUUCCAAAAGAGGAGAGAGCAAAGCUUGAUGCAAAGACAAAACAAUGUGUGUUCUUGGGAUAUGGUGAUAAGGAGUCAAAACGGUUUGACCUCCGGUUCGGGUUUGAAAACAUUGCUCGAAAGUACUCCACUGACGAGUAUGUGCUCUUGACUGACGGGGGAGAGCCAAAAACUUAUUAUGAAGCUAUGGAGAGUGGAAACAAGAAGGAAUGGUUGAUGGCAAUGCAAGAAGAAAUGAGUUCUUUGCAAGGGAAUGGGACUUAUAAGCUGGUAGAGCUUCCAAAGGACAAAAUGGCUCUUAACAACAAGUGGGUUUUCAGAGUAAAGUCUAAAGUGAACAAUCCCAAUCCAAGGUUCAAAGCUAGAUUAGUGGUGAAGGGCUUUGGACAACAAAAAGGCAUUGAUUAUGAUGAGACUUUCUCACCAAUAGUAAAAAUGCCAUCUCUUCGAGCUAUUUUGGAUUUGGCAGCUAGCUUGAAUUUAGAAAUUAAACAGCUGGAUGUUAAGACAGCUUUUCUCCAUGGUGAUCUUGAGGAGGAGAUCUAUAUGAAGCAACCAGAGGGUUUUGAGGUGCAAGGCAAGAAGAAUCUGGUUUGUAAGUUGAAGAAAAGCUUGUAUGGUCUCAAACAAGCUCCGAGGCAAUGGUACCGUAAGUUUGACUCUUUUAUGGGGGAGCAUAAAUUCGCUAGAACAGAAUCUGAUCAUUGUGUUUAUGUUAAGAGGUAUCCAGAUGGUGAUUUCUUGAUACUUUUGCUUUAUGUGGAUGACAUGUUGAUUGUUGGUCAUGACACAAAGAAAAUUGCAGCCUUGAAGAUUGACUUGAGCACGUCCUUUUCUAUGAAGGAUUUGGGUCCAGCAAAGCAAAUUCUUGGAAUGAAAAUUUUUCGAGAUAGAAAGAACAAGAAGCUGUGGUUGUCACAAGAAAAAUAUAUUGAAAAGGUGCUUGACAGGUUCAACAUGAGCAAAGCAAAACCUGUGGGCACUCCACUUGCUAGCCAUUUCAAACUUAGCACAAAGCAGUGUCCUGCAAGCAAGGAGGAAGCAUAAUACAUGACGAAUGUGCCCUAUGCUUCUACAGUUGGUAGUCUAAUGUAUGCUAUGGUAUGCACAAGGCUAGAUACAGCUCACGCAGUGGGGGUAGUGAGAAGAUUUUUAUCCAAUCCUGGCAAGCAACAUUGGGCAGCAGUUAAGUGGAUUUUUAGGUAUCUUAGAGGUAUAUCUCACAUGUGCUUAUGUUAUGGUGAGCAUGAAUCUUUACUUAAUGGCUAUAGUGAUGCUGAUUUGGGUGGAGAUUUAGACUUUAGA